AUGAACCUCGACGACGAUUCGCCUUCCAUCCAAUCUAAGAGAUCCUCUCCCGAUCUAUUCUUCCCAGUCUCCGAUUCGGAAGAAGAAGAACAGGAAGAUGUCGUUGCUGCUUCUGCUACUCUAGGUGGACCUUCAUCAUCGUCUAUCAUUCCUCCAUCUACGUCAUCUUCUAGAGCUAACGGUGGUAGGAUAACGCAACAAUCACAAAAGGAGGAGUUUCUCGGUUCACAGAAUAGUGAUGAUAUAAUACCAUUAGACACGAAACCUUCUUCUUCUUCAUUAGCUGGACCAUCAAAAGUUAAACGUACAUUAUCACAAUCACCACCUGCGAAUAUACCAAUAGGGUUCGAACAAGGUUAUCUGGGUGAAUUCGUCUGUGAAGGGUGGAGUUUGUCAAAAGGUAAAGGAUAUUGUUCACCUGGAAGUAAAGUAAUCUUUGAAAGACCGAAACCUAAAAAUCAACUUGAAGAUGACAAAGCUAUAAUAGCUAGAGGUAAAGAGAAAGUAGGGCCAGCACGAUUAGUCAAUGGGAAAGUAGUGGGAGCAAAAGGAAAACCUAUAGGUGGGAAACAAGUCACAUUAGGUUCAAUGAUGGGAAAGAAAACGCAGACUGCUCCUCCAAAAAAGGCGAAUGGGAAACCUGUGGUAGAUUCAAUAAUCAGGUUUAGGAAUGAUCGAGGAUUCGUUGGGAGGCUUUCGGUACAGGAAGCAGGAUCCUUGACCCAUUUACUAGACACUGGCAUCAUCGAAUUGUCAGGCCAUGUGAUUGAUUGUCCCCAAAGUCUGUCAACGGGAUGUACAAUUUUAUUGAACGUGAAAGUAUAUCUUGCUCGUAAAGCGUUUGAGAAGGUUGAAAAAGUCGGAAGGAAGGAGGAAGGGUCGUUCUGGCAAGAACAGAAGGAAACUACAGAGGAAGAAGCCAUGAGGAAAAGGAAAGAUGCUCUCGGUGCUCUUUUCAGUCGAAUUGGCGUUAAACCACUUCGUUCAAACGCUCUUCUCCUAGCUCAGAAGAAGAAUGGUGCAGCAGAAAUCAACGAAACUUCCCUUGAACACUUUUCUGAUUUCCCAAAACCUAAACGCAGUCCUAGUCCAUCUAAAGGAAGCAAUGCUUCCGGAGAUAAAGGCAAAGAGAAAGCUUCGGCUGCCAACAGCGAUGAUGAAGACGAAAACGAAGAUAGUGGCGAUGAAGCUGAAAAACUGGAUGAUAGACAAUUGAACGAGAUUGAUUCCAUCUACCGAAAAGCUCAACAAGGUGAUAACCAGCUGGAAGAGACUGAUCCACCUAAUACCUUCUUGUACACCCUUCGACCGUAUCAGAAACAAGCUUUGACGUGGAUGAGCGCGAGAGAAAAGGGUGAUGAGAGUAUAAGGGAUAAUCAGACUCUACAUCCGUUAUGGGAAGAAUAUGCAUUCAGGAAGGAGCAAACUGAAGGGCAGCCUAUCGAAAUCGAGGACGAUGAUGAUUUCGUGGAUCCCAGUCGGAAAUUCUUCUGGAAUCCUUACAGUGGAGAAUUAAGCUUGACUUUCCCCACUUCGAAUACAAAAGCAAAAGGGGGUAUUCUGGCUGAUGCUAUGGGUAUGGGUAAAACAUGUAUGAUGGCAUCAUUGAUACACACAAAUAUUGAUGCCGAUGUCACAUCAUCUCCACCUCCAACCACUGAGAACGAUGAAGACCCAGCAUCGAAAAGACCUAAAUUCAAGCAGGUCACAUUAUCAAAUCAAUGGCGAGCUAUACCAACUGUACCUAAACCAGCCGCGAAUGCACCUAGAGGAACAUUAGUCGUUUGUCCUGUAUCUUUGGCUUCUCAGUGGCAUGACGAAUUAGGUAAAAUGUCUGAAAAGGGUACUAUCACUUCUUUCAUGUGGUAUGGAAACGAUAGAGUAGAUAUUGAAAGACUAUUAGCUCAAGAAGGAAAGAAAAAAGUAGAUGUGAUCAUCACUUCUUAUGGUACUCUAGCGAGUGAAUAUCAAAAAUGGAAGAAAAACAAAGAUAAACCUUCUUACGAAGGUGGAAGCUUAUACGACCACGAAUUCUUGAGAAUCGUGCUUGAUGAAGCUCAUAACAUCAAGAACAGAACUGCUCACAUAUCGAAAGCUUGUUAUGAACUCAAAGGUCAAAGGAGAUGGGCUCUGACUGGUACUCCGAUUGUUAACCGUCUGGAUGAUCUCUAUUCUCUUCUACAUUUCCUCCGACUGGAGCCAUGGGGUCAUUAUUCCUUCUUCAGAAGUUUCGUUACUAUACCAUUCCUCAACCAAGAUCCGAAGGCCCUUAAUGUGGUCCAGUACAUUCUCGAAUCAUGCUUGCUUCGACGGGAAAAAAAUAUGCGUGAUAAAGAUGGGAAACUGAUUGUCGACCUACCGCCUAAAACAGUGGAAAUACAAGUUCUAGAUUUUUCACGACCUGAAAGACAGAUCUACAAACAUCUCGAAGAUCGAGCUAAGCGUCGGUUCAUUCAAUUGGAUGCUGAAGGACGAGCAAUGUCGAAUUAUACAUCUAUCUUGGCAAUGCUUAUGAAACUGCGGCAAUGCGUGGACCAUCCUUUACUAGUCCUGGGCAAAGUGAUCGAGGACGAUGAGACCGCCGACAAGCUUUUAGAUGCCGAUACAGGUGACGAGAAGAACAAUCUGAAAGACCUCAUCGCAAUGUAUGCUGGAGGAGCUAAAUCUGAUACCAAUUCAGAUGGUGAAGAAGUGGAUCCUGCAUUUGCUGCAAAAGUGCUGAAAGAAUUGGGCGAACAAGAGACUACUCCAAUUUGUGACAUUUGCUCGAAUGAAAUGUUUGACGAGGUUCUGCUACCUUGUUAUCAUCGAUGCUGUCAAGACUGUAUAGUCAACUGGAUCGGAACGUGUGAAGAUCAAAAUAAGCCUGCGUUAUGUCCUUCAUGUUCGAAAGGACCAAUCAAAUUAUCCGAUCUAAGAUCAAUACAACGACGGAGAAAACGAAUCAACCCUAUCACAGGUAAAUACAUAGACGAAAAUGGUUUACCAUCAAUUCAACAAGGAGACAACUCAAAUGGAGAGCUUGUCAUUGGAAAAGUCGACUUGGUACAAAGUACGAAACUCAGAGCUUUAGUAAGGAAAUUGGAGAUUAUGAGAUCAGAAGAUCCGGAAGUGAAGGCUUUGGUUUUCAGUCAAUUCACCUCUUUCCUUGAUCUCAUCGAAACUACUUUGACUAAAGAAGGUAUCAGAUGGCUCCGAUUUGACGGAUCAAUGUCACAAGCUCAAAGAGCAGCUACAAUAGAAGAGUUUGGUAAAAAGACCAAAGAACCUCUGAUAUUACUUAUCUCGUUGAAAGCAGGUGGAGUAGGAUUGAAUUUGACUAUGGCUAAUCACGUAUUCAUGAUGGAUACAUGGUGGAAUGAAGCUAUAGAACAACAAGCUAUAGAUAGAGUACAUAGAUUAGGUCAAAACAAGCCUGUAUACGUUACUAGGUACAUCAUAAAAGGUACUGUGGAAAAGAGAAUUAUGAAAAUUCAACGGUCAAAGACAGCCUUAGUAAACGCUUCAUUAUCUGGAGGAGCAUCAAAGGAGAAAGGUGCAAGUCUGGCCGAUAUCAAAAAGAUUUUUGGCUUGGAUGAGGAUGAUAGUGAGGAUGAGGUCUACUGA